AAAAAAAACAGCAGCUAAGUAAAUAAAAAUGAGUGGCCAUCGUCUGAAAACAACUACGUUGGCACGUCACGUGGUCUGGUCACGUGACGUCAACAGCUAACAGCAGCUAGCUUCUAUUGUGUUGCUCGGCUAUCCGUCCAGCCGUGAUGGAGCAGAACCAUUCCAGCAUGUAUUCAGUUCAGCAUCUGAGAGAGUUCAUCAGUGAGCGGCUAACUGCUGCUGCCGAGGAAAUCUUUGGGGUGUUUGAGAGAACCAUCGUCCAGUACGAGCAGCAGAUGGACCAUCAGCGGAGACUGCUGGAAGACAGCUGGAAACCGGACAGCAGCUUCCAGGAAACAGACCAGCCACAGCUUUUUCCCUUUGUGGAGGAGGGAUGUCCUGCUGAUCAGAACCUGAGGACCCAGAAGGAGAGCUCCAAUCAGGACAAACCAGAACUGAUGCAUGUUAAAGAGGAAGAUGAGGAGCACUGCGUCAGCCAGGAGGAAGAGCGGCCGGACCUGAAGAAGGAGACAGACACUCUGAUGAUAGCUCUGAACUAUGAAGGAAGUUCCCUCAUUGAACCAGAACCCAGCGAUCGGUUUCUGUUUGACAAUAUUUCUGGAGCUGACGGUCGAGAUCAGGGAGGAAGCAGGUCCAGGAACUUUGUGGGAAACACGGAGCCGAACAGAACCAGGAGCAGUGAGAAGCCUAGGAAAGCUGACAGAGCGGAUCGGACUCUGAAAUGUGACGUUUGCGGAAAAGUGUUCAACAAAGCGUCUGAGCUGAGGGCUCAUUACAGAAUCCAUACCGGUGAGAAGCCCUUCUCCUGUCACACAUGCCAGAAAGCCUUCACCUUCAAGUCCAACCUACGGGUCCACAUGAGGACCCACACCAACGAGGCACCCUUCUCCUGCCAGGCGUGCGGGAAGGUGUUCAAACACAGGAGCAGUUUGAUGGUCCACUGCAGGAGCCACACAGGAGAGAGGCCCUAUGUCUGCUCCACAUGCGGGAAGCACUUUACGGACAAGUCCUCGCUCAAACAGCACUCUGUCACACACACCGGGGACAGGAUGUUUUCCUGUGCUCUGUGUGGGCGGGGCUUCAACAGGAGAAGUUACCUGCUGCAGCACAUGAAGGUUCACACGCCAGAGAGCUUCUCUAACAACAGUUAGAGUUGGAGGGGGAACUGUUUUUUUCAACAGCCAGAUUUUCUUGUAAAAGAAAUUUAACUGCAGCGCUUCUCAGGCUGCAGAUUUAGAGAAUGAAUCACAGAAACCUUCAGAAAGGGUUAAACCAGCUGUACUGCUUUAUCUGAAGACCCCUCUGACAUUUUCUAUGUACAGUUUUACUUUAAAUUAUCUUUUCUUGAUAACAAUGUUUGUCUAAAAUAGAUUCUUUUAGUUCAUUUGAAAGGAUCCAGUCCUAAAGUCACUCGAAUCCGUUUAGAUGGAUCCGAAUCAGUUUCCUGUUGGAUCCUAGUUAUCAAUUUAGUCAGGUUCAGUUUAUCAUUUAGUAUUUUUUUAAUCCCGAACAUUGUUAUAUAUGAGCCCCUUAUCUGAACUGGUAGGACUGAAACUCUAAAUGAACCACAACACCAGUCUGUCAGACAUGUCUGUUUUUUUCCACUAUUCCUUCUUCAGAAAUAGUGGAAAAGGGAAAAAUUAUUAUUUAAGAAUUCAAGAUAACAACAUAAAAACUGGAGCAAUAAGCCUAAAUAUGAGCAAGGCUGUAGUUUAACUAAUCUGAAACAUAUUUUGAGUUUAAAGGUGUGAUGCUGCAACUUAAAGCAGAGAAAGCGGAUAUUUAUGUUAAACUGGUAUGAAUCAGGAAUGUGUCCAGUGCCCCCUAGUGGCAAAUCCAAGAACAACUCGUGCAUGGCAGCUUUAUUUUAAAGAAUCCAAGAUGGCUGCUUGCACCGUUACGAAAAGCUGUUAUUUAUCUUGUAGUAUCCAAUGGACUAAUGCUGUAAUUUUGAUGGAUGUUUUAAAUAGUCAGUGUUUGAAAAUGUAACAGUUUUAAGGGCAGUUUGUGAAGGACUGUACGUUAGAAAACAUGUUGAAUAAAUGAAAGAAACUCUGAAAGCUUUGCCUUGGACGUUGCAGACAUCACAAGUCUCUGGGAAGUUCCGGGUGUCUCCCUGAUAUAGAAAGGUCUACACGGAUUCCAGCGAGUCAGAUAAAUUAUCCCGAAUUUUAGACUAUGGGAGGUGGAGUUUUUUUAAUGCGAGUGAGUUUCUCUGGGUUACUCUCUGGCAGUCACCUAGUUACCACUCAAAGCUGUGCAUCCUGGGAAAUGGCAGAGGUUCAAUCCUCGAGGAAAAAAUGAAAAUAUAGGACUAA